AGGCAAACCUCAGUAUACUUGUACUUGACUUUCCACAAUACACAUACAAAUACAUACAACAAACAUAUCAAGAAAAUGCAGUUUCCACUUAAAUUGUUACUGUCGAUGGCUGCCGCGCUCAUUGCAUUGCAGGGCCAGAUAUUUACCUCCGCCAGUAUCCGACAACGCAAAUGCAAUGUCAUCCACUCUAAUGGAUGCCACCGAUUCGCCGACAUCCACCAACAGCAGCGUGGCUAUGGAUGUCGAUGUCGUUGUCGAUGAUGAUAGUUUGGAUGAUGGCGAUACAGCUACUGCCACAGCUGCUGUCACUGCUGGGGGCAGUGAUACUUAUACUGCCAGUGAUACAGACGCUGCCACAUUGGAGCACGUUCAGCGCCGUAGGCAGGUCCAAUGCCCGCCAGAGAUUACCGAUUUCCAUAUUAUACACUUGCCCUGUGAUCUCGAUAUACCGGAUAUCAGUAAAUAUAUUGACACCUUGCCAAAUCAAUGCAUCUGUGCCUAUAAUGCUCGCUACAAUUCGGAACAGGAUUACCGCAAUUUCAUGAUACUCCAGCUUGAGGGUUUCUUCUUUGGGCAAUACUCGGAGCGCUUUAAGCGCUUCGAGGUUGAUCCGCAUGAGUUUGACUAUAUUUGAGUUUGACAAUAAUUCUAACAGAUUCUUCCCACAUUCGAAAUAAGGAAACGCAUCUAAAAGAUCGGUGGAAAAGGGAAAGAUAUACCCGUAUAAUAGGAAGUCGUGUAUGAAAUUUGGCUACAAAUUUGUAUCGAAAUUGUACCACUUCAUUAUACAGAGUUUCCAUUAAAGUGACUGCGUAACAGUGGAACUUUACGGAAACUUGUGCAAUUUUAAUUAAC